GGGGGGGGGUUAUCCAUUUCCGCAGUCACAAAAUCAGUCAAUCAUAAAAUGAAAAACAAGCCACAGUCACAAAAAUGAAAAAGCCACAAAAACAAAACCGCAAAAAAUAGCAAAAACAAAAGCACCAAAUAUCACCUCCAAACACUGCAACCAGAAACAGAAGGCUUUAAUUACGAUUGGGGUGGGGGGACUCAGAUGAGCGGCGCAAGGGCAGAAGCGGGAAGAAAAUAGGCUUAGUUACGAUGGGGGGGGGGACUGAAAUUUGCUGUGCAACAGUAAAAACAGAAGCUCAGGAGCACGUUCAGCUUCUGGGGCAAAGUUCGAAAACCGGAACACCUACUUCUGGGUUUGCAGCGUUUGGGUUCCGAGUUGUUCGGGAACUAAGCUGUCUGAAAACCUAGGUACCACUGUACAUGAAUUUGUAUCCUCCUAUCAUUCACAUAUGCCAUUUCUCUAUCCAGAACUUUUAAUAUGACACCUGGUACAUGGCAGCGACGGGACAUGGCGGCAGUAACAGCGGCAGCCUGCAAGGCCUUGCGGACGCAACGGUAGGUGAUGGCAGUAGCGGCAUCCUGCGAGGUCUUGCGGUGAUGGUGGCAAUAGUAGUGGCAGCCUGCGUGGCCUUGUGGCGACACAAGCAUCGGGGUUUGCAAGGCCUCACUCUGGCAGCAAGAAGUGGUGGUGGCCUGCAAGUCCUCCUGGCGGCAGUGGGAGCUUAGUAGAUGCUGUAGCAGCCUGCCUCAGCGAGGCCUUGCAGUCCACUUCUGCUUCUGUCACUGUCUCCUGCUGUCACCGCUGUCGUCGCUACUGCUGCCACUACAACAAGGCUUUGCAGGCUGCUGCCGCCACUGCCCACUACCAUGGCAAGGCUUUGCAGGCUGCUGAUUAUUGUGCUACUGCCGGGAGGCUGCUUCUGCAUCCGCUUCUGCCCCCCUCCCCCACCAUUGUUGAUUCUGCUACCAGCAGGCUGUUGCCACUUCUGCCACCUAAGAGGCUUGCUGGUAGCCCCAGAUUAUUUGUAUUCGCCAUGACUCAUCACCAUACUUUGAAUUGUCCCGAAUACCACCAUAUGGUAGAACCAUAAGUCUAAUUUGGAUGUGUUUUGGCUUGCUGAAACUGACCAUGAGGUGAUUGGUAAUACCAUUUAUCAUUUUUAGACCCUUAAGUAGUAGCAUUGUCUUGUUUGCCUCUGUGUAUUUCCUUCCUUAUUUAAGAUAUUGUGAUAUAUCAGUAUAUCGCUAUAUUUAGCUGGUGAUAUAUCACAAUAUUGAAAACCUGUUAUCGCUCAGCCCUACUGCCUAUCUGCAACCCUUCGUACAAAACUUAAUUUCAGCAGGUAGCGUGGUGAGGGGAGGCAACCAUGCAGAUUCCAGGGGAGGCUUCUUCUUCAGAUGCAUAUGUGCAUAUCUGUUGGUGACCCUGUUGUAGGCUAUUGCUGAUUCAUGAUCAGGACCAUGAUUCACAUCUCUGCAAUAGUACUGUAUAUUCCUGUGUAUAAGACUACUUUUUAACCCAGGAAAAUCUUCUCAAAAGUUGGGGGAUCUUCUUAUACGCCGGGUCGUUUUUCUUAUAUAUAUAUACGGCGAGCAUACCCCAAACUCUUUAUUUUAACUGGAAAAGUUGUGGGUCGUCUUAUACGCCCAGUCGUCUUAUAUGCCGGAAUAUACGGUAUAUCAUUUAUGGAACAUUGCACAGAACAUUUCACAACAUAACUUUACAAUCAAUCAGGAGAAACUGAAUUGUACUCUUUAAAGCAGAGUUUUCCUAACUGUGUGUCGUGACACGUUAGUGGGUCAGCUGCAGUGUGUAGGUGUGUCUCACAAACAUCAUCCACACUCCUUCCAGGUCUGGAAAGCUGUUAGUUUGCUAGUAAAACUGAAUUAAUAUGUUGCAAAAUAAUGCAUGUCUAAAAAGUGUGUCACCAAUAUGAAAAGUUUGAAAUGCUCUGCUUUAGAAAAUGACUUUGGGCUGAUAACUGGGUGAAGUGUUAGUAGAUGAAAACAUAUUUCCCAAAUGGUUAUGGUUAUGGAAAGAGCUUUGAAAGUAGAUUAAAGUUUCGACUUCCUGAAUAUUGGCUGUGGACACCCCUGUACUAAUUUCUUUCCCAGUGAUGCAAGAUCUGUUGAAAGCAUAAUGUAGAGUUGGGAGUAAGACUGCAUCUUGCUGCCCUUCACUCAGGACUCGACUCAAAAAACAAAAACAGAUUAGCAAAAUUUGCUGGUGUUUAUGGGUUACAGGGAGAGCUAUAUUGAAGUGCUAGUUUGAGAAUCCUCCUAUUAUAUUGGUCUCUGUAGGCCAAUGUAAUAGACUGUUGUAUCUCCUUCAAUGCUUUUCAGAAGAUUCUUCUCCAUUUCUUGCUUUGAUAUGUGUGACUGCAGAAAGAAACACUGGAAGAACAUUAAGAAGUAAACAACUCUGUUUUUCUUCUACAUGCCUCCAUAGGGAAUUCUGAAUAGAUGGUACCCUUGAAAAGCUUAUAACUUAGCAGGUAGCUACAAGUUCCUUUCCCAAGAGAUGGGAGAGGACUUGGAGAGCUGGUGUCAAGCUAAUUCUUGGCCCCUUUGCAGUUUGUCCCACCACCAGCCAGGGAAUACUUCCUUCACAGACUUAAAUUGAAUUCUCUUUUUCUUUUUGACACUUCCUGCCAUUCUCAGUUUCUUAUUAAGAUGUGAAACCAUGAACCCCCUGCCAUACCUGGUAUUUCUGCUCCCCCCCCCAUAUAUGACCAUUAACUCCUGGCUGUUUUACAUUUCUCCAGGACUCUGGCGGAGCUGCCUCCAUACUAAACCUUUGUGGUAAGCAGCCUCCCUUGUCUCUUGUUUACAAUAUCAUUCACUUAUACUGAAAGAAGUGGUCAUUGUUUAUACAUAAAAUCUGAUAAAAUAUUUUAAUUAUCUCACAAUCAAUCUCAAUUUUCUUAAGAUAUUUGAAUUUCAUGACUUGAGAAAUCAAAUUUCAACAUUUUUAAUUUAAUUCAUCCUUUCAUUAGACUUUGUAUGUGUGUCCCUCAGGAAUAAGUAUUAUACAAAAUUAUUUCCUAAGGGCAAAAUUAGAAUGAUCAAGUGCUAGUGUAGUAAUCAGUACAGAAAAUAUCAAAUCCUGCCAUUUCGAAUCCAUUAUAUAAGUAUGUACAAUGAUGGGGAGCAAAAAGUCAGCUAUUGAGUGUUUGGCAGUUUUCCACUCGAAUGUUAAAGAAUUGUGAAGUUAGAGAUGGUAUGACCUUCUUCAGCAGUACAGUCAUACCUCGGUUUAAGUACUUUCAGUUUAGGUACUCCGUGGACCCAUCUGGAAUGGAUUAAUCCACUUUCCAUUACUUUCAAUGGGAAAGUUCGCUUCAGGUUAAGUACGCUUCAGGUUAAGUACUCCACGGACCCGUCUGGAACGGAUUAAUCCACUUUCCAUUACUUUCAAUGGGAAAGUUUGCUUCAGGUUAAGUACACUUCAGGUUAAGUACAGACUUCUGGAACCAAUUGUGUAUUUAAACCGAGGUACCGCUGUACUUGAGCACAAGUGCAGGGGAUAUUCAGCAUGAACACAUGAUUAUAAUUCACCAUUGUGUUUACCAGUCUCUGUUUUCUGGCAUAUAAAAAAAUGAUCGUUGUCUUUGGCCACUUCCCCUCCUUAAGAAGAUUGUUCUGCAUAAGCACAUCAAAAUUUCAUUUUCAACAUGAGUAGAACUGGAAAACUCUUUUGACUCCGUUCAUGGGUAAACUUUAAGUCUUCAUAUUGAUGGAAAUAAGUAGUCAGCAGAGGUGAAACAACUUGAGGGCAUCCACUUUCAAUUGUGUGUGUCUUGAAUUGCACAUCAUUUCCAGUGAGAUUGUUUCUUUGUGUAAACUACCCUGUUUCUCAUAUUUUAAGACAUCCCCAUAAAAAAAGCCAUAGCAGGAUUUUUAAGCAUUCAAGGAAUAUAAGCCAUACCCCGAAAAUAAGACAUAGUGAUAGGCGCAGCAGCAAUGCCGGCUGUGGCAGGAUGAGGAGGAAAAAAAUAAGACAUCCCUUGAAAAUAAGCCAUAGUGUGUUUUUUUUGAGGAAAAAAUAAAUAUAAGACGUGUCUUAUAAUAUGAGAAACACGGUAGAAUUUUCUGCAAUGAUGUGGGGGACUGUGACUAAAUGUUAACCUUAAUGCAAUAUCCUUGCCUGUCCUGUGUAGCACACUAAAAAACCAUGCAUGUAGAGCUGGAGUCUGGGGGCUUAUGUAGUUACUUGUACUCAAGUGUCAGUGCCAUAGUACACAUAAAUGUGUAUCACAUUGGAUAUGAAUGAACACAUGUAUAAAUUGUUUCCUUUUCAAAUGAAAGCAAGCAGGAGCCAGAUCUUUUUUAGGGCUGUGGAUGGACACCCUGUUACAAUUUGCAGCUCCAAUUUGUGAAUCUAGAUUGGUCACAAUCUGGUUUUAACAAUUCUAGGACCAUUCUGAAUCUGAAUUUUGCAAAUUGCCAGAAAUCUCAUUGACCUGUAUUGUGAAAGGAAAAUAACCAUACCUUUAUUGUUUUUUGACAUAGGGGCAUGAAAUUUGGGGACAUGGUAGCUCUUAUAGAGGGGAUUAACCCUCCCAAAUUUUCAAUAGCGCUAGGAUUUUAUCAGAGCCACCUUUAAAUUUUGCUUUUUCCUAAAAAUAUUUUUAAAAAGAAUGGACUACGAGUGCUCAGUCACACCAUUUCCCAUGGAUGUGUAUUUGCCCCAUUCCAGAGCUCUGAGGUUUUUAUUUUAAAAUAGGUUUGAGAUACAAGGCACGAGUAUAAGGAUCUGACUGGCAUAAGCAAGCAGCAGCAUAGAGAUAAAAAUAUACAUAGGGACAUGGAAUUUAAAGAUAUCAUGGCCCCUAUAGAAAUGAUUAACAUGUUCAAUUGCAGGUGGGUAGUUCCAGAGAUCUUCAUGUUUGCCAUCUUUACAGUUUAUUACCCCUGCCUUUUCUUUAAAAAAGAUCCUGCCAUAUUGAGGGCAGAUUGCAAGCCAUGAGUGAAGGGAAAAUCAAAAUACUAUUUAAUAAUAAUAUUCACUGUGGUUAGUAAUUGGGAUAGUAGUAGUAAUUCUGAAGUCAGAAUGCUAGCUAACAUGCACAUUAAUUUUGGCUGACUGGUUAAUAAUACAAAAGUUUUGUGUAAACCCAGUAGGUUACACCACCCAAGCUGCUUAGCAAUUGCAGCUGCUCCCCUACCCCUUACUCCUCUCCUCACUCUAGCAUUCUGCUUGUAUGGUGUUGGAGAGACACUGUCUGGCUUUCUGAGAUAUUCCUUUGAACUAUAAAUCUGUACAAAUCUGUAUGAACCUAUUUGGGAAAAAUUGGAUCCAUUCUGUAAUUUUACCUGCUUUUACCCAAUCCAAACAGGAUAUAAAUCUGCUUGGACAGGCCUGAUUUGGUUCAGAAUUUAGACACAGGCCUAAUCUUUCUACAGUUGAUGUUUAUCAGUAUUUUAGAGAGGAAAGUAAUGGUGUAUGGUGUAUAUGUGCACUUUGUAUCUAUUCUGAGAUUUGAUUUGAUUUUUUGCACCACGGGAAUAUGUGCUUUGCCUAACUUGGUUGGCAGGAUAGACACAACUAGUUUAGUUUUGGAUGUAAUUGCAAACUAUGGAAUACCACAAACUAGGACAUAUUCAGAGCAUGUGAGGGGAGGAAGAAGUGGAAGGAUGAAAUAAAUAUGUAGAGACUGGAGUGUUUGAGCAUGAAAUACUGAUCCAUGAUUUGGUUUUAAAUGGUAAUUGAUACAAACUGAAGAACUCUUUUUAAAAUGUAUGCAAGUAAUGGAGGGUGACCAGUAUUUUUGUCUUCUGCUUAGUGCAUGAAAAUAGUACAAUUUAUUUCACAAUGGCAACAUGGAUAACAUGUUACCAGGCAUUGCAGGCAGGAAAACUAGACCAUUGCUGUUUGAUGCUUCUUUUAAUACAGUGGUACCGCGGGUUACGAACGCUUCAGGUUACGAACGCUUCAGGUUACAGACUCCACUAACCCAGAAAUAGUACCCCAGGUUAAUAACUUUGCUUCAGGUCUAGAACAGAAAUCGUGCUCCGGCGGCAGCAGGAGGCCCCAUUAGCUAAAGUGGUGCUUCAGGUUAAGAACAGUUUCAGGUUAAGAACGGACCUCUGAAAUGGAUUAAGUUCUUAACCAGAGGUACCACUGUACUGACUAUUAGAAGGAAAAAAGAAUGUGUCAGUUUGGGUGCGAUCAUCACUUGUUGACUGCAAAUUCAGUGUGCUCCUUCUCGGAGCCUUGUUAUUUUCCUGAUUAUGCCAGAUGCUGCUGCUAGGUUGGAGUGGACCAUAUACCGGUAUGUCUGGCUGAGCAAAGCAAGGCCUUUGGUUAAACUUGCCCUUUUGACAUUCUUACAUGACAAUCUAUUUAUUUUGUAAUAUGAUAACUCCCUUGGAGAAUGAGAUCUGUAUGACAUUUAGUACACAAGUUGAAGAUGCUUAAUGUCCAGUUAAGGUUUCAAAGUGAUUUUAACUCUUGGGGGGAAAAACAUGUGCAAACUGCUUUUAAAGAUGAAUUCUAAUGCAAUGCAUUUCAUUUUGCACUCAGUGCCAUCAUCUUGUUAUAACCAGAAGCUUUUGUUUGUUUCAUUUUGCCUUAUCAGCAGCUAGGUUUUUGUUUUUUUAAAAAAGCUUGAUGGUGUAAUUCAGCAUAUGCACAGUUUAUAUAAACUGUAAUAGCACAUGCAGUGCUAUGCUGCUUUCUGGCUGCUGACUUGAGCUCAAUUUGCAGUUUGCUGUUUUCUCAAAAGAAAUCUGAAGUGCCUUUCAGUAACAAUGCUAAGUUAAUAACUAUAGCAUCCAUUAGAACCAUUUUCAGGAGGUUUUUUUCCUCAAGCAAUUUACUAAACACUAGUUUUAAGUAGAGCAUAAACUUGAUCAAGUAAACAUAUCCUUUGUUGGCACUGCCUUCUGAAACUCAAACUCUUAGUUAAAGAUAUAUAAAACUUAUGGGAUAGGUUGCAUUUAUUAGCCAAUUUCUGUUUGUAGAAAUUGCUCUGGAUUAUGUUCUGCCACAACUUCUUUAUACGAUAGUGAACAAGGAUGUAUGCAUUGGAUUAAAGAAGCAACCUGCUUUCACUCUAAACAUAUAGCUGGUUUGGAUUGUUUGUUUUCCCCUGGAGGGAUUUGCUCUUUGAAAGGCUGCACACACUUUGGCUUUGUAAAACAAAGUGUGCAUGAGCUUGCUGGUGGUGGGGAUGUGAUACUGAGUUUAUACAACAGUCUCUAUGUGGGCCAAAAUGGAUGAGAGAUCCAUGAAGGGAUCCCUUAAUAUUUCUAUUUUUAGCUAAGAGUAGCUGUUGCAUCCCACACCCCUAUUAGAUUAUGGCUGCAAUAUUGUGAGAAGUGGAGUUAACAAUUCCCUUAAUCUAAAUCUCUCCCAGAGAUUGCUAUUUACCCCACUGGGGAAAGCCUACACAGGCACUUGUGUUUCCUUUGUUGAUUAAUCAGUUUUGCCUCUGUUUUGCAAAGUGAAUUAUAAACUGACCCUCUAAAAGAGAACAUUAUGCUGAGAGCAAAGUGACUGUUCCUGAUAACAGUUAAGUGUGUCAAAUACGGACGGGAUUCGUUCUGGAGGCCUGACCGUAACACAGAACUGACACAAGCCGAAGCGCUGCAUCUGUGCACAUGUGCGGCACGAUUUAGUGCUUCUGUGCAUGCGUGAGCAGCGAAACCCAGAAGUAACCCGUUCCGGUACUUCCAGGUUGCUGCAGGAGACAACACGAAAACACGUAACCUGAAGCAGACGCAACAUGAGACUAUAAAUCCAAAACAUCUGUGACAUUAGAACUUGGAUUGCUCAUCUUCAGUGAUAAUUGUUUCAAAGUUUUACUGUUGGAGAAAUGCUGUGAGAAGCACAAUGUGGUGAAUGAAAGACACAGAAACCUUGGAAUCUUUGUACUGAUUGAGGAGUUACAAUGUUUGCUUUGUGAACAAAAACUAUUUGGUAGUGGAUAGAACUUCUGAAAAUGCGGCCAUGGACUGGCUCCUGGCGUUGGAUUAUGCUCAUCCUUUUUGCUUGGGGGACCUUGCUGUUUUACAUAGGUGGACACUUAGUACGAGACAAUGAACACCCAGACCAUUCUAGUCGUGAACUAUCAAAGAUAUUAGCAAAACUUGAACGGUUAAAACAGCAAAAUGAAGACUUACGACGAAUGGCAGAGUCUCUCAGGAUACCAGAAGGUCCUAUUGAUCAGGGCCCUGCUGCAGGAAGAGUUCAUGCUUUAGAAGAACAGCUAAUAAAGGCCAAAGAACAGAUAGAAAACUAUAAGCAACAAACAGGAGAUGUGGGCUUAGGAAAAGACCAUGAAAUAUUGAGGAGGCGGAUUGAAAAUGGAGCCAAGGAGCUUUGGUUUUUUCUCCAGAGCGAAUUGAAGAAACUUAAAAUAUUAGAAGGAAUUGAACUCCAAAGUCAUAUUGAUGAACUUGUAUCUGACUUGGGUAAUCAUGAAAGGUCAAUAAUGACAGAUUUGUACUACCUCAGUCAAACAGAUGGAGCAGGUGAUUGGCGAGAAAAAGAAGCCAAAGAUUUGACAGAGCUGGUACAGAGGAGAAUAACUUACCUUCAGAACCCUAAGGAUUGUAGCAAAGCCAAGAAACUAGUUUGUAAUAUCAACAAAGGCUGUGGUUAUGGUUGCCAACUUCAUCAUGUAGUCUACUGCUUCAUGAUUGCAUAUGGUACUCAAAGGACGCUAAUUUUGGAGUCUCAGAACUGGCGAUAUGCUACCGGAGGCUGGGAGACUGUUUUUAGGCCAGUGAGUGAGACAUGCACAGACAGAUCAGGAAGUACUACUGGGCACUGGUCAGGUGAGGCAAAUGAUAAAGAGGUUCAAGUAAUAGAGCUACCCAUAGUUGACAGUCUACACCCGCGACCUCCAUAUUUGCCAUUGGCUAUCCCAGAAGACUUGGCUGACAGGCUGAUUCGUGUCCAUGGGGAUCCUGCAGUGUGGUGGGUCUCACAGUUUGUCAAAUACCUGAUCCGUCCACAGCCUUGGUUAGAAAAGGAAAUAGAAGAAUCUACAAGGAAACUUGGCUUUAAACAUCCAGUUAUUGGUAUUCAUGUCCGAAGAACAGACAAAGUGGGAACUGAAGCAGCAUUUCAUCCCAUUGAAGAAUAUAUGGUACAUGUUGAAGAACGUUUCCAACUUCUCUCCCGCAGAAUGCAUAUUGACAAAAAACGAGUCUAUUUGGCUACAGAUGAUCCUUCAUUAUUGCAAGAGGCAAAAUCUAAGUAUCCAAAUUAUGAGUUUAUUAGUGACAACUCCAUUUCGUGGUCAGCGGGUCUCCAUAAUCGGUACACAGAAAACUCUCUACGGGGUGUUAUUCUGGAUAUACACUUUUUGUCUCAGGCAGACUUCCUUGUCUGCACAUUUUCUUCACAGGUUUGUCGAGUUGCCUAUGAAAUAAUGCAGACAUUGCAUCCAGAUGCAUCAGCCUUUUUUCACUCUUUAGAUGAUAUCUAUUAUUUUGGGGGACAAAAUGCCCAUAACCAGCUUGCCAUUUAUGCUCAUCAUCCCCGAACUGCUGAUGAAAUUCCUAUGGAACCUGGAGAUAUAAUUGGUGUUGCUGGAAACCACUGGGAUGGUUACUCCAAAGGCGUCAAUAGAAAAUUAGGAAAAACAGGCUUAUACCCCUCCUACAAAGUAAAAGAGAAAAUUGAGACAGUCAAGUACCCCACAUAUCCAGAGGCUGACAAAUAAAGACAAGCAGGACAACUUGCAGUAACACUCACUUUGAAGCUAUUUCAACCAACCAUACUGUUGGCUUUUGUGGGAUAUGAAUUUGCAUUUUAACAUACAGUUAAAAUGAAAGCCUUUUAUCAUUCGGACUGGAUAUACAGCUUGGAACAAUUCAGCGGGCCAUGGUUUGGACUUCUUUUGUUACAUGCACUUGCACUCAUGCACACUGAUACACAUUCAACAGGGAACCUGUUGUUUUAUACUGUUUGUCUCUUUGAGGACAUGUCCCUCCCAUGAGUCAUAUAUGAGCCUUGGGCUCAGUUCUUUGCCAUUAAUAGACUAUAAUAAGACUUUUAACACUGCUGCAUUGUGUAAUUUGAGUGACAUGAGCAUAUUUUGUAUGUGCAGAAUUUAAAACAUGGUGCCUCUCUUUGAAAGAUCCAGUGACCUUUUAGAAGAGCCAUGCCUAGUUCUGUUGAUGGGUAAGAGUUGUACUUGCCUUUAACUGAUGAUGUUGUUAUGACCACUGAAUAUGCUCCAACCAACAGAUUCAAAACUCAGUCUAGACCUUUCUUUAUAGGAGUUUUGUUAGCAAUUUCAUUGAUUAGUUCAUCUCAUCAUUAAUAAAGAGUACAUCCAACAAUAAAAUAAUUGUCUGGUAGGAACUUUUGUAAAACAAUGCCAUGAACAGAUUCUUUGGUACUGUUUCUGGGCAUUGUCUUUGAUAACAAAAAUAAAUUCAAAAAAGAAGUAGCCGGAGUUAUACAAGUAAUUUGAUUUUAAAAUUUGGAAGAACCGACAAGGGUAUGUAUUUCCAGAUCCUUGAUCUCUUUAUUUGGAAAAUUAUCUGUGAUGAAAUUUGAUAACAUUUCGGAUUUUUUUCUGGUGUUCUCAAUCAGCAGGAAACUGCCAGUCAAGACUUUAUUUCUUUCUUGACCAAGUGACAAGACUGCAGCCUGUUGGCCUCUGAAUAAUAAAAAUUUAAAAAACAAGUGAGUGCAGUUGCACACAAACAAUCUCUCUUACCUCUCCUGUAGUAUUUCUUUUCAAUUUUUCUUUAUGGCCACAACACAAGAUCAGCCAUGGGUGAAACUACUGUUGGUAUAAGUCUUUGCAUAUAAAAGGCCACAGGUUCAAUCCCUGGUGCCUUUAGGUAGGGCUGGGUAAGACUCCUGCAUGAAACCAAGGUAAGCUGCUACCAGUAUAUGCCAACAAUACUGAAUGAGGUGGGCCAAUGGUCUGACUUGGUGUGCGGAAACUUCCUGUGUUGCAGGAGGUUGGACUAGAUGAUCCUCCGGGUCCCUUCCAACUCUAUGAUUCUCCUGCCCAGGCAUUUAUUCUCUCAAGGGUUGUUACGUGUUUAUAUCACAUUAGCCUUGCUAAGUGUUUCUUGCUAAAAAAUUUGUCAUACUGAACAACUUGACACAAUUUUUUCCAGUGAACUGAUAAGAGCUCCUAGCAGUUAAUGAAAUACAAAAACUUAAGCACAUAAGCAAGCAAUUCAUUUCUAUGGGAUGGUGGGAGUUGAAACACUUGAGUACUACAAUGAACAUAUUUGUUAUAAAAAUACUUGUUUAUUAAUGUUCAAUAAUCUGUCUGUUGACAGAUGCAUGGUGUAUCCAUAGCCAUACCUCUUUUCUUUUCAAGCUGACAUAGAAC